AUGGCGGGAAUGGUGUGUCGGUAACAACAAAAUUUCACGAGAAAAAAAAUUGAUUGUCAGAUAAAUUACGAUUGUAUUGUUAGUAAUUUUCAUGGUUAAACAGUAAUGGAGUUUUCGGAAAAACCAUCUCCUAAGGAUGUGGAGUCACUUUUAAGUCCCCCAAACGAAGAAAACCCAACAUUCAAAAGGAAAAGUUGCCAGAUAGCAGAGCGUCAGGGCAAAUUUAAGUUAAAGGACAAAAACUUCUUACGUCAAUAUGCACACAUAUAUUCAGAGCGACUACUCACUUUGCGACCUAGUCUAGAAGCUACUGCCAGAAAAAAAUGGGGUAAAAGUGUUUGUAUCAGGAAACUGCAUGAGCUGAAGAGUGAUGAAAAAUGUGUUGUAAUUGGCACUCUGUUCAAACAUAUGGAACUGCAGCCCAGCAUAUUGAAAGAAAUAAGUGAUGAGCAUGGAUUGCUACCUCAACCACUGUCAUCCAAGUUUACAAGUCCAGAAGAUAAACUUAUUUUAGAAGAUGAACUUCAGAGAAUUGUUCUUCUUGGUGAACUCAAAGUAGAUACAUCAGUUACAGGUGUGAUUGUAGCGGUGUAUGGUAAGGAGCCUGAGGAUGAUAAGGGCAAGUUUCAUGUAGAGGAUUACUGUUUUCAGGAACUACCGAAACAAGAUCCACUGCCAGACCUUGAUACAGAAAGGUAUCUAGCAUUUGUGUCUGGUUUGGAGAUAGGAUCUAAGGAGGAACAACAGUUUGCCUUACAGAUGUUCGUUGACAUGGUGACAGGACAUCUUGGUGACCCGGGGCAACAGACAGGAACUGCUAAUAUAGUGGGUGUUGUCAUUGCAGGCAACUCCUUGAGUAAAGACACACAGACAAAAGAUAGCUUGACUAAGGCAAAAUAUUUGACAAAGAAAACAGUAGCAGGAAGUGUAGAUGCUAUCAAGUCUCUGGAUGACAGCCUUGUACAACUUGCUGGGAGUACAGAAGUGGUAUUGAUGCCAGGAGAGUAUGAUCCCAGUAACUUCACCCUCCCUCAGCAGUCACUACACAAGUGUAUGUUUCCUCUGGCAGCACGAUACCCAACUCUACAGUGUGGAACAAAUCCUUAUGGAGGAACUAUAGAUGGCGUAAGAAUCCUGGGCACAUCAGGGCAGCCGGUUAAAGAUAUAUACAAAUACAGUGAAUUGAAGGAUGGAUUAGAAAUACUUGAUAAGACUUUAGAAUGGGGACACUUGGCCCCUACGGCUCCAGAUACUCUAGGUUGUUACCCAUACUAUGAUGAAGACCCAUUUAUUCUCACUGAAUGUCCUCACAUCUUAUUUUCUGGGAAUCAUGACAAAUUUCAGCAUAAAAUUCAUAAAGGUGCAGAUGGGCAGCGUGUUCUUGUGAUGACUGUGCCAAGGUUUUGUCAGACAGGAACAGUAGCAAUAGUGAAUUUAAAAACUUUACAAGCAUAUCCUAUGAUGUUUAAAUCUGAAAUUGAAGAUGAGCCAAUGGAAAUACAAAGCCCAGAUGUUGACAAAUGAUAGUAGAAUUAUGUCAAAAAAUGUUGAUCAUUUGAAAAUGGAAUAUUUCUACUUUAGAUGAUUAUGCUUCAUGAAGUAUUUAAAUAGUGCUAUUGUAAGAUCGGAUAUUUACAAGACAGUGUAAUAAGGCAGUCUGUGGGCAUCCUAAAUAAUGAAUUUUUGUACAAUGAUAAUACAAAACUGAUUUGGUUAUUCUCGAAACAGUAUGAAAGAUAUUUUACUGUUUUAUUAGCUCACCUGUCAAAGUGACAAGGUGAGCUUUUGUGAUCACCUUCGUCCGCCGUCCGUCCGUCAACAAUUUCUUGUCUGCACAAUAGUGGUUUCAUUUAUGAUUUUAUUUUAACCAAACUUGCACACAACUUGAAUCACCUUAAGAUCAGGGUUCCUUUCUUGAACUGGCCAGAUCCCAUUAUGGGUUCCAGAGUUAUGGCCCCUGAAAGGGCCAGAAUUAGCUAUUUUGACCUUGUCCGCACAAUAGCAGCUUUAUUUAUGAUUUGAUUUUUACCAAACUGGCACACAAUUUGUAUCACCAUAAGAUCUUAGUUCCUUUCUUGAACUGGCCAGAUUCCAUUAUGGGUUCCAGAGUUGUGUCCCCUGAAAGGGCCAAAAUUAGCUAUUUUGACAUUGUCUGCACAAUAGCAGCUUCAUUUAUGAUUUUAUUUUAAUCAAACUUGCACAUUACUUGUGUCACCAUAAGAUCUCAGUUCCUUUCUUGAACCGGCCAGAUCCCAUAAUGGGUUCCAGAGUUAUGGCCCCUGAAAGGGCCAAAAUUAGCUAUUUUGACCUUGUCUGCACAAUAGCAGCUUCAUUUAUGAUUUAAUUUUAACCAAACUUGCACACAACUUGUAUCACCACAAGAUCUUGCUUCCUUUCUUCAACUGGCCAGAUUCCAUCAUGGGUUCCAGAGUUAUGGCCCCUUGAAGGUCCAAAAUUGGCUAUUUUGGCUUUUGCAGCCAUAUAGAGACUUCAUUUAUGGUUUUAUUUGAUACAAACUUCCAAAAUACCUUCAAAAACAAGAAAUCUUGGAUUCCAUGACAAAUCAGAUCCAAUCAUAGGUUCCAGUUAUUUUAUAUCUGAUUACCUCCCCUGAUUGUAAUCAAAAUGGAUUUAUAUCAGUAAGUACUUACAGGACUUAUUUGAAAUUUCAUUAUUGUUAUUAGUUGGACUGAGACAAUCAGGGUAGAUAACUAUGGACUGAUUUUAUGUCAAAUUACCUCCCUUUAUUUCAAAUUAAAAUUGUUAUAUCUCCAUAACUAAUGAAGAUACUGAUCUGAAAUUUCAUUUAUGUCAACAGAUUUAUUUGGCAGAUCCUUCUUUUGUCCACUUACAAUAUUUAUUUUUUUAAUUACUUCCCUUUUACGUUACUAUAAAUAGCUUAUUUUUAGUAACUUUUUUUAUUAUUGGCCGUAGGGAAAACACGAGACCAGUUUUUUGUGGUACAACAUGGAUGGUACCUCCAAUUUUUAGGUGUAUUUUAACAUAUCUAUACCUUGUAAGAUUUUUUUUUCUUUUUGGUUAAAUUUCUUCCCUUUGUUGUUCCUGUCCUUUGGACUUAGAUAUUUUUUCUGAGGACCUUCUUGUCCUCAAGUGCAAUGAUAACAGGUGAGCGAUAUAGGGCCAUCAUGGCCCUCUUGUCCACAUUUUCCAUUACCUUGAUCUCUAGGUAUAAAACAGUCUUACUGAUAUAAUACACAUACCUUUUUUCAUCAUUUUGGGAAUGCCACCAACACCAGUGGAAUUGGGAAAAUGCUCUCAGGAAUUGUAUUAAUUGGGGAAAUUUGCAAAUUACCAAUCUAUUUGAAGAUAUUUUUGUGUAAAAUAUAAAUGGAUGGCAUUUCAGUAAUUGUUCAGUAGUGUAAUUGUUGUUUUAAUAGCCAAAAUAUACAUACACAUUAGCAGAACUAUUUCAAAACAGCAAAAACCCUAAAAGGUAACAUUCAUUUGGGAUUUUUAAAUUUAGAAUUGGGGGGAAAAAAUUCUUUUAUGCACCAGUCUCUGAAAGAGCGGGGCGUAUUAUGUGAACACCCGAGUUAUGGCCCUUGAAUUACUCAAAAUCUGUAAAGUUAGCCUUGUCCGCCCUUUAAGUCAAAUAGUUUUCGUCAGAUCUUCACCAAACUUGGUGACCGUGUUUGUGGGCAUAAUAUCUCGGCCAAGUUUGAUAAUCAGCAAAAUCCCCUUAGGCACUCUUUGAGUUAUGACCCUUGAAUUACUCGAAAAUCUGCAAAUUUAGCCUUGUCCGCUCUCUUAGUCGAACAGUUUUCAUUUGAUCUUCAACAAACUUGGUGACGAUGUUUGUGGGCUUAAUAUCUCAACCAAGUUCCAUAACCAGCAAAAUUGCCCCAGGCACUCCUGGAUUAUGGCCCUUGAAUUACUCGAAAUCUGCGAAUUUAGCCUUGUCUGCUCUCUUUAAGUCGAGCAGAUUUCAUCUGAUCUUCACCAAACUUGCUGACAAUGUUUGUGGGCAAAAUAUCUCUGCCAAGUUCGAUAACCAGUCAAAUCGCCCCAGGCACUCUUGGAUUAUGGCCCUUGAAUGAGGCCAAAUUCGAUGACGGGCGUAUUUUGUGACAGUCUGCCACUCUUGUUUGCUUUGAGAUUAUCUCCUUUUACUGGAGAUAGAUUUAUAGGGGGAAAAAGCCCUGAUACAUCAUUAUAGAGAACUCUAAGGGUUGUAAUAGGAACCUUCUACAUUUUCUGUAUAUCAUGCUUACUUCUGAAUUUCUUGUUAAAAAGCAAUUUUGAUAUGGUAAAUUUCAGACUUUAAAAUUUUUAAAGUUCAGUUUUGACUUUAUUUAUAUAUGAAGUAUUAUAAAACUUUUUUCUUGUGUUUAACAUCAGACUGAGCCAGUUAUAGGUCAUAUUGCGAUUUUCCAGCUUUUGAUGGUGGAGGAAGACCCCUGGUUCCCCUCCUGGCAUCAUUUCAUCACGGGCAGGCACCUGUGAUGGAUCACCGAUCAUCCAUAAGCCAGCUGGAUAGCUUCAUCAAGUGAAGAAAUCUAUGCCCCAAGCGAGGGGCAAAUCGAACAUCAGUGAGUUGCAGGUGAUUUGAAGUCGUAAUCACAUGCCCACGGAGGCCAUUGUUAUAAAACUUUCAGGGUUAUAUGUCACCACUUGGAAAAAAAGCAACAUUUCUGUCCAAAUAUUUUGUAAGAUCUGUAAAGACUAGUUGUUUUUUUUCAAAAUUGUGAAUUUACCAGAUUUUUACAAUGGGAAGAGUACAUUUUCGGCCGUAAAAUUGAUAUACAGAUAUUAAAAAAAUUCAAAAGGAUCCUACUAACCCAGAAUGAUUUAUAGUUUAUAUUUGGAUCUUGCAAAAUAAGCAGCAUUUCACAAAAAAACACUGUAGAUAAAACAGUGACUGUCACUGUUAAGCGGGAUAUUAUUGUAUUGAAAAUAUGAACUAAUUUUUGAUAUAUCCAUACAGAAUUUUGGAGAGAAAAAAAAAACAAAAAACUAUAAAGAAGGAAAAAAAUUGAGUAGCUUAGAUAAAUUGAAAAUAAGAUUGGAAGUCCAUUGAAUAUUUGAAACAAAAUUAAACUUUAUCCUGCUGGACAUGAUUGAUUCUGGCUUUGCGACCAGAGUAGGUCAUGAUCAGCCUGCACAUUCUUGCAGUCUGAUCAAGAUCUGUACUGUCUGCUUUUCAUUCAGUAUCAUUUUGGUAAGCACCCCUUUUAACAGUUAAUGGUACUGUCCAAAUAAAAAGAUGGACAAGUUCAUUAUAGAAAUUAAGCACGGUAAGGGUUAAUAUGACUUCUCAUUAAUGCUCAUGCUAUCCUUGAGCAUAACAUACAAAAGUUUUUAUUAGAAUUCAGCGGGCAAAAUAUUUUUUACCUUGGAGUAAUUGUUGAUGGAUCUAUUUCAUUCCAUCAUAACAUUGCAUUGAUUGGUCAAUAUAUUGUCGGUAUAUGGAAGUUGAUAUAUCAAUACAAAUUUGUCAUCAGUAAUGCCGGUAAAAGGAACCUCAUUUCAUGUUUGAAACUGAUCAUAGUAUUGGAAGUGAAGGAAAAAAGAUUGCAUAUUGAAGACAAGUUUGCAUACACCUACAUUUUAAAUGAUAAAAAUAGAUCUUGAGAAAAAAGUUGGCUGGAUGUUGACUUCAGUUGACAAGUUAUAUAACUUGACGAAAGAUAUCAUGUUGCUAUUUUCAUAUUUUUGAUUGAAUAAAUUGAUAAACGUUAA